AUGCACCAUAUUCGUGAUGAGAGGUUUGUUAAAAUUUUUUCAGAAGUGGAAAUAAGAGAUGUGUACGUACAACCUAAUCGUGAAGUUUCAAUCCAUGCUUGGGCACAAUUUACGUCAAGAGAAGGACUCGUGGUCGUUCAUGAAAAGGAGAGGAUGAUAAGACGAUUCAAUCUGCUUCACUCUUCAAUAAGAAUCGCUACUCCGCUAGGCCUCUACAGCAAUGACACCUAUGAUGGAUCUUUCCUGGACUACCUCAAAGACAUGUCAAUGCCAGAAAGAGAUUCCGGAGUCCGUUGUGCAUUUACCACCUCAUCUUUGAUCACAGAAAGACUAAACGCUACUGCUGUACUCGUUCCAACAAAGCUGUGGAGUACAGAAGUAAGCAACGAUAGUAUGCUGCUAAAACUUCACUACGGGUCCGCUGAUCUUAGUGGGGGUGUCUUGCGAAUCAUGCCAAGCAGAUUUGAGAAACUUGACUACGCUAUGAACAUUUGGCCGUUCCGGGUUGGUUUCACGUACUUGGCUGAACGCGAGAGUAGCAGCAAUAUGUUCGUAACUCCAUUUACUCCUGCUAUUUGGUGGUGCUGCAUAGCACUUUUGCCUAUCUUAAUGUUAGCCCAAAGAUGCACGGCGAAAACAGAUCUGGAAAAAGAGGGCGCUUUCAUCGCUGUUCUGGCGACUUGCUUACAACAAGAUGCUAGUGCCGUACCACAAGGUAUAUCGGGACGUUGGACCUUUCUGGUGCUGUCCAUAUCGGCGAUGCUCAUACAUGCGUACUACACUUCAGCUAUAGUAUCAGCCCUCAUGAGUACCGGAAGAAGUGGUCCAGAUUCUUUGAAGUCACUCGGAGACUCCCGAUAUUCCAUCGCUUCCGAGGAUUAUGAUUAUAUGCGGUACUUGAUGUUUGAUGUCCCAACAAACUGGUAUGAUCUAGAGUACUUAAAACGUAAGAAAUUGUCUCCGACGUUCUACCAGGACAUCAGAACAGGCGUGAAAAUGAUUCAAAGCGGUCAGACGGCUUAUCAUACUGAAUAUAAUCAACUGUUUCCAUACUUAAAAGUUUUCACUGAUGAUCAAUUAUGUAAACUUCAAUAUAUUGAUACAGUUCCGGAGUCCCUGACAUGGAUCACUACAACAAAACGUGGACAAUGGACUGAAAUCUUCAAAUCAUCAGGAGCGUGGCUCCGUGAAACCGGUUUAGCAAAACAGCUGGUGUCUCAAUUGCGCAGCCGUCCACCACCCUGCCGCGCGGCGUUACUCGCGGAAAGAGUCAACUUUUAUGAUAUCGCACCAAUUUUCGGAAUCACCUUAUUGGCUUCUCUUCAUGAACGCAUGAACCAGAUGCUGAGCACGCUCUACUCGUCUCCUCUUUUUCCAAAAUCUCAGCAGACAACAACGACAACUCCAUCUACCAUUUCUAACCCAGCAUCAGAAUGUCCACCCCCGCCAUCAUUUGAAACACCUUACUGUUCUCCAUAUCCCGCGCCACCACCAGCUGUAUACAUGGCACCGGCGAUAGGAAACCCUGCACAUACCUACUAUGGCCAAGAGACAUCAUUGCCUGAAUACGUUUAUCCAGCACAACAACCAGGAUGGAAUUAUUAUGACCAAUAUUAUCAGCAAUAUUACAACACACCACUGACGCUACCGGCUCCUCCAGUGAUGUCUUACCAAAACUGGGAAUACACCCCACCAGAAUAUCCGCCACCAUACAGACCUCCCUACCAGCCGUAUGCUCCAGCCUAUGUCCCGAGUCCAGUACCCUACCCCCCACCUUAUCUAAGACCUAACUAA